CAGAACCCUCUAAUCUUAUAGACCAGCAGGAAGAGCAGAACAGGCAGGCCGAUUUGUGGAUCUUCCUUCCGCUGCAAGAGAGAAGGUCUGGCGCAUUGUGAUAUAUUGGUAAUUUUAUUCAUCACCAGCUAGCCACUCUGUAGAUAAUGGCUACACAGGGAAAGGAAGAAGAGCAUCAACAUUCAGGAGAUAACCAACAAGCAACAAACCAAGCUGAUGUUGGCUGGAUGGGAGCGAUUCAGCAACAAUAUCGCAGAAUCAAAGAAAAUGCAGAAACCUACCCUUAUGUAUGGGGUUCUUAUAUUGUUGUGUAUGGUGGAUUUGGACUCUGGUUUGCCUACAGAUGGAGAAAGCUCAGAAGAACUGAGGACAGAGUUCGAGUUCUGCAAGAGAGACUCCGCAAACUCAUUGAAGCUGAAGAAUCAGCAAGUUCUAAAGUUGCUGAAAGUUCUACAGUAGGUGAAAAGGCACCAACGUCUUCUGAUAAAUCCAAAAUUUAGUUUCUGCUGUUCCCAAUUGAAUUCAAUGUGUUUCCUGAAAGCUGUUAAUAUCACACCUUUUGAUGUUUUAAAUGGCUGGAAAAGCGUUUGAUUGGUAAAUCUGGAGAAAAUUUCUGUGACAAUGAUUUGCUAGAGCUAAGUGCUAACAGAGAAAGCCAAAUUGUAGAGCAUGUUGGUCUUGAUAUAGUUUUGCUACUCUGAUGUAUGUGGCAUUUAUUUCUGCAAACUAAUAUGUAGAAUUAGAUUCUUGAAAUUA